AUGGAUCUGGACCAUUUCGGAGGAACCUUCGGAGGAAAUCGCAAGCCCACCCCGUUCAUGUGCCUCAUUCUCAAGAUGCUUCAGAUUCAACCCGAGAAGGAGAUCGUGGUCGAGUUUAUAAAGAACUCAGAUUACAAGUAUGUGCGGUUGCUUGGAGCGUUCUACCUGCGGCUGGUGAGCAAGCGCAUGGACGUGUACCAGUACCUGGAGCCACUCAGCUCAGACCUACUCUUUCCAUCACCCAACUCUCAUACCUGCCAUUCCCCUCCUCUCUCCCAUGCACCCCCUUCCUUUCUCCUCAGGUACGUUCGCCUGCUUGGAGCGUUUUACCUGCGGCUGGUGGGCAAGCCAAUGGAUGUGUACCAGUACCUAGAGCCGCUGUACAACGAUUAUCGGAAAGUGCGGAGAAAACUGGAGAGUGGAACCUUUGUGUUGUCGCACGUGGACGAGUUUAUUGAGGAGCUUCUCACACUCGACUCCACCUUUGUGUUGUCGCAUGUGGACGAGUUCAUAGAGGAGCUUCUCACGCUCGACUCCAGCUUGUUUGUGUUGUCGCACGUGGACGAGUUCAUAGAGGAGCUUCUCACGCUCGACUCCAGCUGCGACAUCACCUCACCUCCCUGCUCCCCCAUCACCCCCCGCUCGCCCCCUUCCACCCUUUCUUUCCCCCUAGUGUUUGUGUUGUCGCAUGUGGACGAGUUCAUAGAGGAGCUUCUCACGCUCGACUCCAGCUGCGACAUCGCAUUGCCUCGCAUACCUCGCAGAUGGACGUUGGAAGCAGCAGGGCAGUUGGAGCUGAGAAAGAGUGGGUUGGAUUAUGACGAGAUGGAGGAGGAAGAGGAAGAGGAGGAAGAGGAGCCAGAACCAGUUGCUGAUAAG